GUUGUGUGUGUAUAUAUAAUUCUUAUCUCUCACCGUCUUCCUCAUAUUUCCAUGUCUCUGAAACUCUCUUAAGGACGAAAUAAAGGCAAAAGGUUCGAGCGAAAUGGCGACGAAGAAAAACAUAGUCGAUGAUGUCUUAUCCACUCAACAAGAAGAGUCUGCCUCUGGUGCAAACAAAUACCGUGGACUUGUGCUAAAGAAAAAACCUCUUAUCUCGCAGGAUCCUAAACGUACUUGGUUUGAUUCUGCAGACUGGGCUUUACACAAGCAAGAAGCAAGCCCAGAUAAAAGAACAAUAGCGGGAAUUGAGAAUUUGAAACCCAAAUAUUUUCAGAGAACACCUAGCAAGGAACUUCCCCCUACCUUUGCAUAUGGACAAGAGAAUCAGACAGAUUCGAGCGUUUAGGGUGCAACGCAAAAAGGGUUUGACGUGGAAAUGGAACGUGAUUCGUUUGGUGUGAGCCUACUCACCUGUUUCAUGUUUCCAUAAAAGCUCUUAUGCAGUUGUUAUGUUUUGGCUCUUGGUUAUAAAUGUUUAUCGUUUCAAUAAAUGAUGCAGACAUUGACAUUUGUUGCUGCUUCUUUAUUUUCUUUCUCUUUAAUAUCUAAACCUUGGUGGG